AUGGCUAGUGCCGAGUGGAAUGGUCAAGUUAUUGCCAAAUUUCCACCAAAUAGUCUUAACAGAGAAUUUCUUGAAGAUACCACACAUCAUACAACUUGUCCAAUGAAGGGUAAAGCAUCUUAUUAUAAUGUUGUCGUUAAUGGGAAAAAACUUGAACAUGCAGCUUGGUUUUACCCUAAUCCAAAACCGGAAGUAGCUCAACUCAAAGAUUAUGUUGCAUUUUGGAAGGGUGUAGAA